ACGACAACGGUGUUGCUCGUCACCCGCAAACGCGUCCCGUAUUCUAGUUUAACCGGUUUCCGAUUGAGGGGAAUUCCACAUCAUCGUGUCCGGCGCCGCACGGAUGCACAGCAUUAACUUUUAUUUUAUAUUUCACACACAAUAAGUCCGCUCGACUAGUCAGUCCUAGUGGGGCAUCGUAGGAAGAGGAUCGUGCAAUAUUUUGAGUGAUUUUCCGCCGUUUUGGUUUUGGAGCACCAUCACGACAAAAAAAACGAAAAACAAACGAAAAGAUCAUGCGAGUUUUUGCAGUCACGCUGCUACUGGGCGUACUCGCAGUUGGCCUUCAACUGGAUGGUGCCGCUGCUGCCGGCAAUGAAAUCGAAGCUCCCCUGAACCCAUCCAAGCUGGCACUGCUCCCGAAGGAAUGCGGAGUGUCCAAGUUGGGUAAAACCACCAACAGCACCCGGAGCCUGGCGUUCGAAUAUCCGUGGAUUGCUUUGGUCCGGUACAAUAAAACCCGCCGGGCCGCAACCUGUCUCGGUACGCUCAUCAACCGACGCUACGUGCUCUCGGUUAUCGGUUGCAUGAGGAAGACCAAACGGGAUCCGGACUACGUUCGAUUGGGAGAACAUUCGGAGGCCACGGCACGGGAUUGCAAUGUGCUGAAAGAUCAGAAAACCGGUUACGAGUUGAAAGACUGCACCGGUCCCGUUUUGGAUAUCGGCAUCGAAUCGAUCGUCAGCCAUCCAGACUUCGAUCAGCCGAUGUACACAAACGAUCUGGCGCUGGUACGAAUGGCCCGGGAAGUCGAGUACAGCGAUUACAUUCGACCGAUCUGUUUACCGACUACACCGGAACUGCGUGCCAACAUCCCGCGCUUCAUGGUCAUGCCGGCCUGGGAGCUGGACAUGGACGCCCCGAAUCACUACGUCGGUGAGCUGCAGAAGUAUUACGUGGAAAACAUCGACCUGGACACCUGCCAGAGACAGUUCGAACAGGUCGGUUUUGCACCGGAAUUCGAAGACGAUCGCUUCUGUGCCCAACAGCUCGGACCGAACUACGUGUGCAGUCGGGUCCCGGGGGCACCCAUCGGAACCGAGGUCAACAUCGACGGUACGCUGCGACACGUCGAGUUUGCGAUGGCCAAGUUCUCACCGCUGAACUGUACGCUACGUGAAACCGUGCCGAUGAUUUCGAUGCGCAUUACGAAGUACAUGAAGUGGAUCACCGACAAUUUAGAAGCCUAAUUCAUCGACGAUCAAAGUGUCAGAUUUUUAAUAUAAUAUAUUGCUAAUUACAUCUUA